AUGAGAAUGUUCCCUGAAGCGGAGAGCAAAUUAUUAGAGCAAGUUUUAACACGCUUCGAAGAGGAAAGUGGUGGACAUUUAAUGGUUGCAACCUUGUGCUUUCUGGAAUGUUCGCGUCAUGGAUUACUAGAAAGAGAGUUACUUGAAUUACUUGGAGAAGAUGAAACGCUGAGACCUCCUAGUGAAAAAGAGUUUACUGAGAAAGGUCCUGACGCGGCACAAGAGAUUUCGAAAAGGGAAAAUAGUGAUAAAGAUACUGCAUUAGCGAAUGAUUUAUCGAAAAAGCUGCAUGUUACCGUGGAAGAGACUUACCGUAAAACUGACUUUGACAAGAAAUUUGAUGACGAAUUUGAUAUAGAUGGUUUGCUUAUGAUUCAUUUCUUGCAUCUGAAAUAG